GGGGCCGGGGCCGCGCCAUGGCCAAGUGGGGGCAGGGGGACCCGCGCUGGAUCGUGGAGGAGCGCGCGGACGCCACCAACGUCAACAACUGGCACUGGACGGAGAGGGACGCGACCAGCUGGUCGAAGAGCAAGCUGAAGGAGGUGCUGGUGGGGCUGGUGGUGGAGGGGGAGGCCGGGCGCUGCGAGAUCAGCGACCUGAAGGAGGUGGAAGGCGAAGCGUCCUGCAACAGCCGCAAAGGGAAGCUCAUCUUCUUCUACGAGUGGAACCUGCGCCUCAGCUGGAAAGGUACAGUGAAAGAGUCUGGUGAGAAACAUAAGGGAUCUGUUGAAAUUCCUAACCUGUCAGAAGAAAAUGAGGUAGAUGAUACAGAGAUAAACAUUAGCAAAAAGAAAGGGGAAGGCGAUGUUUUGAAGGACCUUAUGAGAACUGAAGGAACCACAAAAGUCAGAGAGGCCCUGAGAGAUUACCUGAAAGCACUUAAAACAGAGUUCACCUCAGGAAUGAUUCUGCCAACAAAAACUACUGUUGGUCAGGAGCUGGCUGCUGAGGAAAACCUAAGUGGAAAAACUAAGCAAGAUUCUGUUUCACCACCGUCUUUGGAUACAGUUGGUGUAAAAAUUCCAACAGUGAAGAUACUUAUGAGAGAAAUCUUCAACUCUCCAGCAGGUGAACUUUACAGCAUCUUCACAACUAAGGAAUUGGUACAGAAGUUUUCCAAAUGUCCUGCUGUGAUUGAAGCAGAGAAAGGAGGCAAACUUCAGAUGUUUAAUGGCUGUGUCAGUGGUGAAUAUACAGAAUUGGUCCCAAGCCAAAGAAUUGUCCUGAAGUGGAGGUGUAGAAACUGGCCUGAUGAACAUUAUGCAAUGGUUGCCUUGAAUUUCAAAGAUAUGGCUGCUCAAACAGAACUGGAGUUAGAGUGCAAAGGAGUGCCUGUCUCUAAUGAAGAUAGUACAAGACAAUGUUGGAAGAACCAGUAUUUUGAAGAAAUACAUAUUUUACUGCAGCAAUCCAAAGACAAUAUGGAAUGACAACAGCACUGUAGUUUUCUUAGGGCAUUGCUUUUUUAUACUUUGUUAACAUUUUGUUUUUUAAAAGAAGUAAUUUAUUUGUGGGAAGAAUAAAGACCCACUUCUAUGAUACUGUAAAUAAUUUAAGCAUUAUUUAAGGAAUUUUAGUGAAUGAGGUGGGCAAGUAAGUCAGACUGUGUACAUAAACAGCUUCAUUUGGGGAAACUGAUCUCUCUUCUUGCAACUUAACUUGAGAGAGUAAUUAUGAUUCAGUUGCAGUCAAGUACUACCCACAUAGGUAGAUAAGCAGCAUGAAUCAAUAGCAUUUGCAGUUCUUUAAUAUUCAGUGUAUCAAGUCACAAAAUUAAGUUCCUCUAGGAGACGGGGUUCCCACCAGAGGCGAACUGAAAGGGAUUAUAAAACUGCUGAUAUUAGAGCUUUCAAGAAACAUGGUAGGGAUACGGUUUACAGCCUCUUUAAAUAGUACUUAAAGCAAUCUUAACUGCAUACUGAAUUUGUUUCUAAUGCUGUAGACAGUUUUAGGGGAAAGAAAAUAAACCAUGCCAUGUAAUUCUGGUUGGCAUGACAGUUACCACUGUUAAAUCUGCAUGCACUGGACUCCAUUUCCUGACUUCAGUGUGAAAUUUAUUUUGGAAGAAACAAAUGGUAAUAGUAAUAAUACUUUCUUUUUGCAAUUCUGUAUACCUUCCACUUGCAUAAUUUAUGGCCCUUGGCAAUUCUGUAGCUCAAAUGAAAGUAGGCAACUGUUUGUUACAGAUAUUUGGGGUAUUGAAAGUAAAGGAUUGUUACUUUUAAUGAAACCACGUUGAGGUUAGCAAGGAUAACUUAAUUCUCAAAUGCUUUAUAAAAAGGGUAUUAAGUAUGAAAUUUGAAGCAAAUUGACCAAAAAAGGCCAAAAUGCCUCUGGAAAACCUGGCUGGCUCAAUAAAAUCUCUGAUUUUA